AUGUCUGGAGGACUUCCCCAAUGCGGGAAACAAACAUCAAGUUUGGCAAUUCUUGAUUUGUCCAACAACAAUUUAAUGGGCAGCAUUCCUAAUGGUAUUGUAUCUCUUCCCAGUCUCCGUUCUUUGCAUUUGGAAAGAAAUGGCUUCUCGGGAAAUCUCCCUUUGUCCUUGAAAAAAGUCAACCAAUUGGUAGUUCUUGAUAUUGGUGAAAACAAGCUUUCUGGAAUAAUACCUUCAUGGAUUGGCAGUCUUGUCUCAUUAGUAGUCCUUCGUUUGAGAUCAAACUUGUUUGAAGGUUCAAUACCAGAGCAAUUAAUAAAACUCGCAUCUCUCCGGGUUCUGGACCUUGCACAGAACAACCUCUCAGGUGUUAUUUUUCCUCAUUCUUUUGGAGGUUUUAAAGCCAUGGUCGAAAGUCACACUGAAAGACCGAAAGUCCUGAUUUCCAAAUAUAAUCAAGUAGGCAUUUUCAGUAAUGCUUCAUAUUUUGGUGGAUUUUCGUCGACAUAUAAUUACUUGGAGUCUCUGGUGAUAAGUGCAAAGGGGCAGCAAACAGAAUACACAAAAGUGCUUUUUCUGGUCACUAGCAUUGACUUGUCAUCCAACAGGCUUUCUGGUAAAUUCCCUGAUGAAUUGACAUCACUUCAUGGAUUGAUUUUCUUGAAUCUUUCUGAUAAUCUUUUCAAUGGAAAGUUACCAAAAAACAUUGGUGACAUGAAUCAGCUAGAGUCACUCGAUCUAUCAAUCAAUAAUUUCUCUGGAAUCAUUCCUCCGAGCAUAUCUUCUCUGACUUUUCUUGGUCAUCUGAACUUAUCACACAAUAAGUUGUCAGGGAAAAUUCCAUCAGGCAAUCAACUUCAGACAUUAGAUGCAUCGGCUUUCUAUUACAACGAUGGUCUUUGUGGAUUUCCUCUAAGAAAUUGCACCAGUGAGACUCCUGCUCAAGGCCCUUUACAUGGAGGAAAUCAAGACGGGAAUCAAGAUUGGUUUGAUAACUUGUGGUUUUACAUAGGCCUCGCAUCAGGAUUCAUUGUUGGCUUCUGGAUGAUCAUUUUGUUCAUCAUGAUGAAAAAAUCAAGAAGAAUUUCUUAUUUCCAAUCCAUAGACAAGGUUUAUGAUUGGAUUUAUGUGAAGUUGGUGAUAUACUCCAGGAGACUGAAAUCAAUACUUACAAGGAGGAACUAA